AUGAUGAAUCUGGGGAGAUCUUCUGCUGAAGUGACAGACUCUGCUCUGUACUACUGUGCUGUGAGGCCCACAGUGAAAGGAAACCUACACAUACUGUAAAAAAAAAUCAGCAGGGACCACAUCAGCAGGAAUUUAUCUGGGUUAUUUUUUAAAACUUUUCUCUAACCCUUACUUUGUAGACAUCAAAACACUAAUGAAUGAUGUUAAUGUCUCCUAUAAAUAAAGGCUAUGACUGGAAUGUUUCACCUGUCCUUAAGGUGGUUUUAUUUUGUUAUUCACACUAAAAGGUUGAAUGUGAAACUUUGAUUGUAAGAUUGAUUAUAAGAAAAAUAUUCUAAUAUUUACAAUAGCCGUUAUGAAUUUUCAUAAUAUUGUAGCGGUUUCAGGGGUUAUUUUGUGGAUGGACGUUAUGUACCUGCGAGGUUCCUUUGUUUUUUUGGCUGCCAGGACCACGGACAGCAAUGUGAAGUAUUCCCCAGAGGCAGGGCCACAGACAGCUCAGCGGAAACUUCUAGUCUGCAGCAGACCAGACCACACCUGUUUCCAGUUGUAAUCAGAGCCAAACUGCAGACAGGUGAAACCAAUCAGUUACUAAACUUAACCGCGCCCUGGGUUUUCUUUCUUUGUCUUUUUUGUUGACCCCGGCAGGUGACGGAGUAGGAGGUUAUUGGAGAGACAGAGCGUACGGUGGAGAAGUAGGUUUUAUAGAACGAAAGGAAAUUAUGAUUUCAAUAAGGAUUGAACCCCCAAAGACUGGUGGCGAAGUGUUUACUUAGUUUGUUUUGGGUUUUGUAUAUCAACCAACGCUGUCAAAGCCUGAUUGUAAUAAACCGGUUUAACCCUUCACUUGGACUGGUGUUGUGUAUUUGUAUGUGUAAAACCUGCCUUACAAAGAACCCAGUGCCGAAAACGCUACAAUUAGUUAUCAUUGAAAUGUGUAUCAAACUGUUGAAGAGCGACUAAAAAUUAUGAAGGGUUUUCUUUAUAUUUACCCACAAACAGCCAUUUCUGCUGAUCUUCAGGUGAGGUACCUUCUUAUCCUACAUGUGCUGCCCACUACACCUUCUGAAAGAUGGGUUGAUCAGGCCCAAGUGAACCAGGUGGCUCAUCCACUGCUCCUCCCUCUCCAACCAACUACUGAGAUGUUCUCUCUGCCUCCUGAUCAGUUAUAUGAUAGAUCUUCCUUGUCUGUGCUCCUCCUAUAGUCCAGUGACAAGGUUUUUCUAUGUAUAAUAAUGACACAAUAGUUCCAUCUAGUGUUCAACAUUCUGCUCAUCAAGGUGAAACCUUGACAUUGUAUUAUCAAGGGCAAGUUACUAGUGAGAGUCAAUAGGUCUCAUCAGUUUGCUUCUAUUCCUUUAAGCAUGGGCUGCAUCUCAAUCCAACGCAUCAGCCUAUGGCGGUGUUCCGCAUCUGUGGUGGAAGGUGGCUGAGCUACAGCAGUGUUUGUCAAACCAUGUGACAUCCCGAAAAUCGGUCUUCUCACAAAAACGUCUGUAGCGUCCGAACGGUUUGUCGUAGAAAAAUAAUAUGACCACUCUAUUGAAAGAUGAAACUCUCACGAAUACAUGUGUAGCGUACGAACCGUUUGGGCUACAAACUACUGUAACCCCACUGUGAAAAGCAGAGACUCUCACAAACAUGAUGGAUAAUUUAAGGGGUAAAAUAUAUAUAUUUUUUAUAUAUAUGUAUAUUUCCUGAUCUUUCUUAUAUCUCCUAUAUUUAGAACAUACGCUUAAAACCUUGUUCCGUAUGAUUUAUUUUUUGAAUGUAAUUUCUUGUCUUUUAUGACUGUUAUUCAAUGCGUUUCUAUGGGAUUUGGUAGUAAAGGCCAAAUUUGAAUAUUUUAUCAAAUAAUUUUGUUAUAUAUUUUUUUAUACCUAAAGGGGUCCUAAACUUCCAAAUCAAAUAGCUAAAUGAUCCAUGGUAUGACCAUCUUAAAAUAAUUACAUAUGUAAAUUUAUAACUUUACAGGUGUCGUUGUGGUAUAAUUUCCCCCACAAUUAGCAUAUCAAACUAAAUCAACCUGAGAAGGGCAGCAUUUCAAAGGGAAUCCUUCUAGCAGUUCAACUAAAUUGAAUAUACCUUAAGCUCCUCCCCUACUGCAGAGCCCCACAAUUAUGAGACUUCUCAGCUACAGUGGAUGGAACAUAAAGACUAUAACAGUCUAUUCUUCCUCUAUACAUGAAUCAUAAUGGCCCCUUGGCUUAGGAAUACUGUACUUAUCCUGGCUGCAUGCUAUUUUGGUACAGUAUAGUGCUUCUCCUUUCUACAUUCUCAUUCUCUGAACCUUACCCUAUUAUGUAUUAUAAAACCCCAAAUAUAUUUUUUCAGAUUGCAAAGGUGAAGAGGCUGUUGACCAGCAGAGUGGACAUGUUACUGCCCUUGAAGGAGGACUGGUAACACUCAGCUGUAACUACACUAGCAGUAGUCCAUCUCCUGAUCUCUUCUGGUACAUCCAGUUAACUAGGGACUCUCCUCAGUAUAUCCUGAGAAGAGAUUGUUAUUCAGAAGGUAGCAAUAGUGAUGAGUUCAGAAGAGGUUUGAUUCUAGGCUGAAUUUCACAUCUAGCUCUGUCCCCUUGACGAUCCAGAGGUUGCAGCUGUCUGACUCUGCUGUGUACUACUGUGCUCUGAAGCCCACUGUGACAACAGGAUAUUCAGUCAUUGUACAACAACACAGGGUAGAGUGUUGUUCAGACAAUGACACAAGCUUCUCAAUGUUUGAUGAUACACUGAAAGAGGAGGAGACAAUGAUUUCAUAG